UUUGUUUCUUUAAUUUUAAUCUCAUUAAUUGAUAUUUAAAGAAUGUAAGUAUGUGUUAGAUAAAUAUUGCACUCUUACGAGUAUAUAUUAAAGUUAUAAAAAAAAGUCACUCAAAUAUGUUAUUUAAAUACAAAUUCAUGAAAAAUAUUUUUCCUACUUUUUUGUCUCCUAACAAUUUUCUUACUUUUUUGUCUCCUUAAAUAUUGUUUAGUUAUCGACCCUCGUGCUCUAGUUGCGUAAAAUAAUAAGGGGCGUUUAAUUAAGAUUCCUUAGAUAAUAAACUGUACCACGCCUCAUAGUUUUUUGAUCAAUAAGAGGUAUAACAUUAUAAAACAUCGGUAUUUAUCAUGAUAAUAAGCUAAUUGUUACAACAUAUUAAGAAAGGCUUGAAUAUAUUAUACCGCUUACUGGUACUAUUUCUAAACUUAUUAUAGAAGCUGAUAUAUCAACGCGCAUGCUUGAAUCUACUAAUAGGAGGAUAAAAUUGGAUUGGCCAAUUAAUCAUACAUAAAGCGCAAAAAGAUGUAAUAACUUGUUUACCAUAGACUUGUCAGACCUCUUGCUGAGACUUCAUGUCACUCUCUGCACAAAACCUUUUUUAAUAAAAUGACAUUGUUAAUGACUUUGUUGUCAACCCUGAUAUUCUAUUUACUGUGAUCGGAAAUCAAGUAAUAUAGAAAAGCCCAUUUUGCAUUACUAUUAUUUACGUUGUUUUGUACAAACAAGGAAUACUCUGCAUCGUAAGGAUUAAUGUUAUAAUGAAAAUAAUUCAGCGCCAAUUUCACGAUAUUAUCUAAAUUACAUAGUUAAAAAUGAUUAAACAAAUGCAAAGUACUUUUAGAAUAAAAACUUAGUUUUUGCUAACAUGAAGUUCUACUUUUUAGUGUUUCUGACAUACAUCGAUAAUGGUAAUAGCCAACCAUCGGAAGAUCCGCACAAAAAAGAAGAGUUAAAUGAUUUUACGUUGCAAAAGGAAUGGAGCGCAAUUCAGAGAAAACCUGAAAAAAAUGAAAAACUUCAUAAACCUAUACUUACAAAAGAAGUUAAUCUUAUUUUUGAUAAAUGGGGAAACUGCAAGCUAGCAUUGUUGUAUUGUCGAAACGGUUUUUACAUUGAUAUUAAAAGUAACAUGGUGGUUGGGGUUUCUUAUAAAAGUUUCAUAACAAAUGAAACAGGUUUAUUUCAAAUAGAAACAUAUGGCAAAAGUUUUGUUAUGUUAAAGCAUGUAGAAUCAAAUAACUAUAUUGCGAUGAAUAAUGAAGGAAAACUGCACGCGUUGGUU